AUGAAGCAUAAGAGGGCUGUAGAAGAAGCUGAGCUCAUUGAUACACUCUGUGACAAUGACUUUACAUCUGAUGAUAGUCAGUUAGCUCAUGAUGCUCAUGUUGCUACUACUAUCCAUGAUAAAGCCAUUCAACAGAUGCAAUCAGCUAGAGUGACAGUCUCUGCUGAUGAGCUUCAAAGUGCAGAAUUGAUCUUGUCAAAGGUAAUUGCUGGCUUAGCAAAGAAAAUUAAUGACUCAAAUUCAUUGAAAGAAUGGUUUGAGAAGUUGAUUGAUGCUGAAGUUGGAAAGAAUGAGCCAUUAGUCAAUGGUAAUAAGCGAAUGCUUGCUCAACGAGUAGCAACAUGCUGGAACUCUGACUUUGCUUGUCUCCAAUCAUAUCUCUCAUUGUACCCUAUUGUUGAACAGUUAACAGGUGUUCAACAUUUAAAGCUACAGAGUUUCAUUCUUAAUGCAUCCCAGCUUUCUCUUGCAAAAGAGUUAUGCCACAUUCUUGCAAUUCUUGAAGAGCCUACUCGCUUGUUUUCUCAGGCAGAAGUUCCUCUAAUUGCAGAUGUGAUCCCUAUGUUUCUGGAAAUCCGGCAGGCACUUGAAUGUGCAAGCAAGGAUGAGAAUCUACCCUCUAUCCUCAGAAUUGCAGCUCAAGCCAGCAUUCUUGUUUGUGACAAGUACUUUACUCUUACUGGAGAAUGUGAAGUUUACUUCAUUGCAAUUGCUAUGUCACCAGAUAAAAAGCUCGAGUGGUUUGCUAAAAAGAACUUCCCAGCAAAUGUAGUACAGGAGAUUCAUGACCUUGUAAUACAUAGAUGGGAAGUGUCUUAUAAGCAUCUUCAAGCAGCCAGCUCAAGCUCUAGAAUAUCUACAAAUCCUCAGCCGCUUGUAAGUCUUAAUUUUUUCAUAAUAUAA